GAUUGGAUAACGUGUGUUUUCACCGCCCACAGACCAGCCAUGCUCUGUUUUCCCGCGAAGAGCACCUCGAAGAAGCAGGCCUGCUAAGGGAUAACAGGAAAGUAAAUACGGCAAACAAUAUUUUUUUCCAAUUUUUCUUUGCAAGGGUGCCAAAAGCCACGUAACAAAUGGCCAAGCAAAGUUCCCUGUUCAACUUCUUCACCAAGUCUCCACCGCCUGUCUCCAAGCCUAAGCUCAGUCCUUCUCCGACCGAGGCAGACGUCCCGUCCUCCGGCCUGAAGUCGAACUCUUCCCCGAAAGAGCAGGCUAAGCUAGCUACACCGAAUAAGCCCGUCAAACAUACGAAACCCAAACCAAAGUCUCACUCAAAGACCUCGAAUGGAGGAUUCGGUAAGCUGUUUGGGGAUAAAGCGCCUGCGGCCAAGGAAAGCGCUCCAUGCCCGUUCAACGCUGGCUCCCUGGUCUGGGCUAAGCUGGAGGGGCACCCGUGGUGGCCGUGCAUGGUCGUCCCCCAGCCCCUAAGUGGACUGCAGAUGAGGGGUCGUGGGCGGAACCAACGCAUCCAUGUCCAUUUCUUUGACGAGCCUCCUACAAGGGGCUGGGUCAGCGCCAAGUAUGUACGAGAAUACCUAGGCUCCGACAGCAGUGAUGCUAAAAGCGGUGGCACUUUCUUCAGUGGGAGGCCUGAGAUCCGGCGUGCCAUGGAGCUAGCGGACAAAGUCAUGUUUGACAGUCCAGAGAAAAGGCUGCAGAUGCCUCUCUCCAUGGACCCAUCUGACGAGGAAGAGGAAGAGGAGGAAGACAUGGAGCUUGAUAAGUCAACGCUUUCUGAUGAAGAGGCGAGUGACGAAGAGAUGGAGGAAGAGGAGAAGUCCUCCAAGCCCAGUCGCCGUUCCUCCAGAUCCACGGUGGACCAGGGCAGUAAACCCAAGCGGCGGCGCAUCAUCGUGGCCUCCGACACCGACGGCUCGGACGAGGAGUUCAACCCCAAAAAAGCUGCGGCCAGCAGCGAGGAUGAAGAUGAAGAAGAAGAAGAGGUGCAGGAGGCGGUGAGCAGUUCAGAGGAAGAGGAGGAGGAGGUCGAGGAGAGCGAAAUCUCAGAAGUGGACAGCCCGAUUAAACCUGUGAAGCGCAAACGUCCCGACGAGAAAGCCUCCAAGCCAAAACCAAAGCCGGCCGCCGCUGCACCAGCGAUAACCCCGAAACGCCCGCCGGUAUCCGCCGCAGACACCAAGUCACGACUGUCCGCCUUCUCUGCGGCAGACAACGGCGAGGGCCAGGCCAACGGCACGGCCGGCGGCGGCGGCGGGGCGACCACCUGGGACCACGAGAAGCUGGAGUGGCUGCAGGACGGCAAACGCAAAGACAGCCGCCGCCGCCGCCAAGCGGACAACGACUACGACCCCACCACCCUCUACGUGCCCGACGACUUCCUGAACAAGUGCACGCCCGGGAUCCGGCGCUGGUGGCAGCUGAAGGCGGACAUGUUCGACGCGGUGCUCUUCUACAAGGUGGGCAAGUUCUACGAGCUGUACCACAUGGACGCCGUGAUCGGCGUCAACGAGGUGAACCUCACCUUCAUGAAGGGCACCUGGGCCCACUCGGGCUUCCCCGAGAUCGGCUUCGGCCGCUUCUCGGACGCGCUCGUCCAGAAGGGCUACAAGGUGGCGCGGGUGGAGCAGACGGAGACGCCGGACAUGAUGGAGGCCCGCUGCAAGACCAUGGCGCGCCCCACCAAGUUCGACCGCGUGGUGAGGCGCGAGGUGUGCCGGAUCAUCACGCGGGGCACCCAGACGUACAGCGUGCUGGACGGGGCGCCGUCCGAGUGCCAGAGCAAGUACCUGCUGAGCCUGAAGGAGCGGGCGGAGCCGGAGAGCUCCGGCUCGGCCCGCACCUACGGUGUGAGCUUCGUGGACACCUCCGUGGGCUUCUUCCACGUGGGGCAGUUCCAGGACGACCGCCACUGCUCCCGGCUGCGCACCCUGGUGGCACACUUUGCCCCCGCGCAGGUGCUCUUCGAGCGGGGGAACCCGUCGCUGGAGACCCGCAAAAUCCUCAAGUCGUCGCUGGCCUCGGCCAUGCAGGAGGCGCUCACGGCCAACACGCAGUUCUGGGACGCGCAGAAGACCCUCAAGACCCUGGCGGAAGAGGACUACUUCAACGAGAGCGUCGGGAAGGACCAGGAGGCCGGCGGCAGCGUUUUACCGAGCGUCCUGAAGAGCAUGACCUCCGAGAGCGACUCGCUGGGCCUCACCCCCAAGGAGGGCUACGAGCUGGCCCUCUCCGCCCUGGGCGGAUGCGUGUUCUACCUGAAGAAGUGCUUCGUCGACCACGAGCUGCUCUCCAUGGCCAACUUCGAGGAGUACGUCCCCGUGGACGUCGAGAUGGAGAAUGCCGCCGGCUCCGCCUCCAGCUUCUUCUCCCAGACGCGUCAGCGCGUGGUGCUGGACGGGGUGACCCUGGCCAACCUGGAGAUCCUCCAGAACGGCACGGGGGGAACGGAGGGCACCCUGUUGGAGCGCCUGGACACCUGCUCCACGCCGUUCGGGAAGAGGCUCCUCAAGCAGUGGCUCUGCGCGCCGCUCUGCAACCCUACCUCCAUCGAGGCCCGGCUGGACGCCCUGGAGGACCUGAUGGGAGCCCGGGGCGAAGCCUCGGAGGCCUCGGAGCUGCUGAAGAAGCUGCCCGACCUGGAGCGCCUCCUCAGCAAGAUCCACAGCAUCGGCACGCCGCUCAAGGGCCAGGACCACCCCGACAGCCGGGCCGUGCUCUACGAGGAGGUCACCUACAGCAAGCGCAAGAUAGCCGACUUCCUCUCGGCCCUGGAGGGCUUCAAAACCAUGCAGGAGAUCAUCUCCGGCUUCGCCAAGGUCUCCGGGGAGUUUCGGUCGGCGCUGCUCCGCCAGGUGGUGAACCUGAAGGCCGGCAGCGGGGCGGAGGAGGGCCUGUUCCCCGACCUCUCCGGGGAGCUUCGGCGGUGGGAGACGGCCUUCGACCACCAGAAGGCCCGGACGACCGGCGUCAUCACCCCCAAGGCGGGCUUCGACCCCGAGUUCGACCAGGCGCUCGGCGAGAUCAAGACCUGCGAGAGAGAGCUUCAGGACUACCUGGACCGGCAGAAGAAGCGGCUGGGCUGCAAGAGCAUGACCUUCUGGGGCACAGGCCGCAACCGCUACCAGAUGGAGGUGCCCGAGAGCAUGUCUGCGAGGAGCAUCCCCGAGGAGUACGAUGUGAAGUCCACCAAGAAGGGCUGGAAACGCUACGUGACCAAGGAGUCGGAGGCCCUGUUCGCCGAGCUGCAGGGCUACGAGGAGAAGAGGGACGCCGCGCUCAAGGACUGCAUGCGGAGGCUCUUCUACAACUUUGAUAAGAACUACAGAGACUGGCAGACGGGCGUGGAGUGCAUGGCGGUGCUAGACGUGCUGCUCAGCCUGAUGCGCUACAGCCAGGGGGGCGACGGGCCCAUGUGCCGGCCCAGGUUGGUGCUCCCGGAGGGGGCCGCAGAGCGCUCGGCUCCCUUCCUGGACCUGCGGGGCUCGCGCCAUCCCUGCGUCACCAAGACCUUCUUCGGAGACGACUUCAUCCCCAACGACAUCUACAUCAACUGCCCCGGGGAGGAAGAGGAGGAUGAGGAGAAGGAGGAGGGAGGGGCGGCCGGCCAUGCCCCCUGUGUCCUCGUCACGGGGCCCAACAUGGGCGGCAAGUCCACCCUCAUGAGACAGUGUGGCCUGGUGCUGAUCCUGGCCCAGCUGGGCUGCUACGUGCCCGCCGACAGCCUGCAGUUCACCCCCGUGGACCGGGUCUUCACCCGCCUGGGCGCCUCGGAUCGCAUCAUGGCCGGGGAGAGUACGUUCUUCGUGGAGCUGAGUGAGACGGCCAGUAUCCUGCACCACGCCACCCAACACUCCCUAGUGCUCCUCGAUGAACUGGGCAGGGGCACAGCCACCUAUGACGGCACCGCCAUCGCCAGCGCCGUGGUGAAGGAGCUGGCGGAGAAGGUGGGCUGCCGCACCCUCUUCUCCACCCACUACCACUCUCUGGUGGAGGACUACGCCCACAACCCAGCGGUGCGGCUGGGCCACAUGGCCUGCAUGGUGGAGAAUGAAUGUGAGGAUCCCAGCCAGGAAACCAUCACCUUCCUCUACAAGUUCAUCGCUGGGGCCUGUCCGAAGAGCUACGGCUUCAACGCAGCCCGCCUGGCCAACCUGCCCGAAGACGUGAUCCAGGCCGGGCACCAGAAGGCCAGGGAGUUUGAGAAGAGUACCAUGAGCCUCAGGAUCUUCAGGAAGCUCUGCAAAUUUGCUGAAGAUGCCACUCUGGGAAAAGCUCACUUUGUUUCGCUGGUUCAAACGAUCAGCAGUGUCUGAACCCGUUUGUUCCGGUUCCUUUCUACUUGUUCCACUGUUUUGUUACUUUGAAGACAACACAAAUAAAUCCACUACUGUAAUGAUCUAAUAAAGUUUAUUUAAAAAAACAAGACAAUUUCUUAUGUAGGAAAUUGAACCCUUUAAUUUCAGACUAUCGCCGCCCUACAUAAUGGUUAUUGAAUACUUCACAAUAUAUUAAGUCUAGAUGUUUUGAUACAUGCAUACAAUUUAGGUUGUAUGAAAACCAAUACAGUUGGAGGGGAGGGGGAAUAAAACAUACCACUGUAUAGAUACUUGUCUCAGCUUAAUUUGAGUAAGUUUCUUAUCCUCCAGCAAUGUUGGAGAAGCCACGUUUAUCUUACGUUUCUUAUAAAACGGCUGCUAACAAGACUUAAAGCUCAUCACAUCUUAAAAUCCCCUACGGACAUUUUUCAAAUUGACCAAGAAUUUCCACCCAAGUAAAAAUGGUGUAGGUUUAUUAGGCCAUUUGAGUUGGAUAUACCAUAUAGUAUUACAAAAAAAAAUAAGUUUACAACAGGUACAAAUUGUGCAAGACAGUGGAGCUGUAAAAUGGACACGGUAUACAUGAAUACGUCAUGACUGUAUAAAAACAUCGUGUGGCAUUCCCAUCAGGACUGCCGACAGCCACAGUAGAGGAAAUCUAGAGAAUCUCACCAACAAACACCAUAAGAAGACAGUAAAAGUUCAGGUCAAGGAUACUAAAAACGACACAUAAGCUAUACAUGGGAGACUGGGCUUUUAACAAGUCUUGUGAAAUUAAAAAAGUUUUUUUUCUUUUUCUUGAAUGAUAAAUGUAAAUAAGCCAACAUUGCUGGAGGAAAUGUUUAGUGUUUCCUCGUGUUCUCUUUCACAGAAAGAAGUUAAGAUACUGCGACGGGAGUACA